AUGCGUAUCUCCACUUUCUCCAUCCUCACAAUCGCAACACUCACAACCGGGUACGCACCUCCCUUCAAUCCUCCAACACAAAACCCCAAAGCCACCAAAAAACACACCUAACAAACUCCCAGCGUAGCAGGCAAUUAUUUCGCCUACUGCCAAGACCAAAACAGCGACGGCUCCGUAAGCCCUCCCCUCCCCUCUCACUCAGUCCCAACACACCCCAUCCACAAACCCAUAACCCCAAUUUCUCACACAACAUGACAGUAUUCCUUCAACAGCUACGCCAGCUCGCGUUCCUGCGAACGCUACGCCCAGGUAAACGGAGGCACCUGCGCGGAUUGCGUGUGGCGAGAUGAUGCAAGCAAGACGGGUGAUGAGAAGUGCUACAGUCAGGGAGGGCAUAUCGAGGAUAACGCGGUAAGGAAGUCUUUUUUUCUCUUUGUUUGAUUCUUUAUUUUGAGAGAGAGAUGGGAUGGGAUGCUAAUCUGAUGCGGUACUAGAUUGAUAACCUUUGUAAACAUUUUGGUGCCUAUAAAGCUUUCACUUCGUAG